UGCCUUGAAGGUCUAAUCAAGACGGAUCACGGUAACAACGCUGGGUAUGUAAAUUUUUGCAGCUCUACGCAAUGCAUCAGCGCUGUAAUUCACAGGAUCACUGUCGUUAUGCCACCAUUGUCAAAGGCUUGUAGUAUUCGAUAAGCGUCCGUUUCAAGUCCCUGGUCCCUAACUAUGGUGGCCACUGGCCCUCGCGCAAAUAUGAUGGCUCUAGUCGUGCACCUUGUACUUUGUAUUGUUUACAACGACAAGCUCUUCGCCCACAUUGCCGUUAGCCAACUCGUACGAGUGGGACGCUCCGUAUCUAUCGAUCUUGACGUGAGAGCAAAAUAGAUCGCUUGCAUCAAGUUAUAAAGCUCGCAAUGAAACCAUCACUGAUCCUGCAUCGUCCAGUUACUCUUUUGAUUCGUUCCAAUUCCGCCAUGCCACCCAAGACCGCCGAAACCGCUCCCCAUCCCCUCCCUGCCGCGCGCGACCUUCGUCAGGAUCACCGUGACCACAUAAUCACAUGCAAACGUCGAUGGAUGUCUGUUUCAUGGGAGCUGCAGAGGAUCCAACAAGAAGAAAAUACAUUGGAGGGCCAGCUCUCGAGGUGCCCUCGAUCUUCUGGAGCACCAUAUUUGAACCAGCACAUCUCAGAAGCUUCUUUUUAUAUUCCGAUAUACGCACAACCUAGUCCACUAUCUCCCGGGAGAAAGCGGGCAUUAUUGAUUGGAAUUAAUUACAAAGGUCAACGCUGUGAACUAAGAGGGUGCAACAAUGACAUCCAUAAUAUCUUACCAUGCCUUAUUAAUCAAUGGGGAUACCAUCCCAGAGAUAUUGUACAAUUAAUUGAUGAUGGUUAUCGCCCCCCACCAACUAGGCAAAAUAUCUUACUUGAAAUGCAUCGCUUGGCAUCUUAUUCAAGGGCCGGUGAUUCCAUGUUCUUUUAUUUUUCGGGGCAUGGAGGCCAAGUCCGCGACCUAGAUGGCGACGAAGUUGAUGGUUAUGAUGAAUUCAUAUGUCCAGUCGACUAUCAACAGUCGGGUGUGAUCAACGACGAUGAAAUACAUGAAAUCAUGGUUAAGCCACUGGCAGCUGGCUCACGGUUGACGGCGCUUUUCGACUCGUGCCAUUCCGGCACGGUGCUUGAUUUGCCUUAUCUUUAUGACUCUAGACAAUGCACGUUCGUCGAUGGCGUCACGCCAGGUGCUCGCAUUAGGAAGCACUCCCAGGCACAAGUUGUUUGUUUCUCGGGUUGUGAGGAUUUCGAAGAGAGUGAAAGCAUCACAAUGCCUGGUCGACCUAUUGGUGGACUCAUGACCUUUGCUUUCAUACAUGUUUUCUCUUGCACGCAGGCUCUUACUUUCCAAAACAGAUUUGAACAAAUACGCGCGUUCGUCCGUGAAAUCUUACCGGACGCUAGACAACACCCUCAGUUUUCCUGCUCGAAUCCUCUCGAUAUAACGUUGCCUUUCUAUAUCUGAACGCUCGGAAAUCGGAUUGGGUUGUAAUAUAUGUUAACAUGAUCGUGCGUAUUUGAUCUUGUUGACACCGUUCCGUUAUGAGCCGCUCGUAAAACCCGGGGUUGGUCUCCCCGAAGCCUGGAUGCGGUUCACAUGUCCUUCAUCUAACAUUUACACAGCGAUGAUUGGCCAGAUUGGCACAAGUCACGCUACUUCUGUAUCUUAUCGCGCCUCUUCGGUCGCGAGAGUGAUUAUUGUCCGUUAUUUCAUCGCAAGCCCCAUAUAAUCUCCGU